AUGGCGAACAAACAGGGCAAGAUGGCCGGCUACAUCAACUACCGGAUGAGAGUCACUCUGAACGACGGUCGCCAGAUGACCGGUCAGAUGCUUGCAUUUGACAAGCACAUGAACCUCGUCCUCGCCGACACGGAAGAGUUCCGACGCGUCAAGCGCAAGCAGAACAAGCCCUCCGCGCCUGGCGCGAGCGGCUCUGGCCAGACUGUCGAGUCGGAGGAGAAGAGGACUUUGGGCCUUACGAUUGUCCGAGGCGCUCAGAUCGUCUCGCUGUCGGUCGAGUCGGAGCCUCCUGCGGACCCUAGCGCUCGCCUGGGCAAGAGCGCAACCGGCGGCAUCGCAUCUACUCUCAGUGCUGGCCCUGGCGUUGCCCGCCCUGCUGGUCGCGGCGCUGCUGUGCCGCCGUCAUUGGCAGGACCUGCUGCUGGUGUUGGUGGUGGCGCGCCUCCCCCUGGCUUCCCCGGAUUCCCUGGCGGUGCUCCUCCUUUUGCCGGACGUGGAGCCCCUCCCCCGGGUUUCCCUGGUGGAUUCCCCCCUGGAUUCCCUCCUCAGGGUGGCGCAUUCCCUCCCCAAGGCUUCCCUCCCGGUCCUCCUGGCGGCGGUCCUCCUGGCUUCAACCCUCCGCCUCGGAGGUAA